AUGCUUCUGUCUCUGCUAUUCGCGGCCGUGGCGUCGGCCCGCGUCAUGGACAGGCUUGCCGCGGUGCCCAAAGACUGGAGGACGCUCGGGCAAGCGGCGCUCGACGAGCCCGUCUCCCUUCGCAUCGCUCUCAAGCAGCAGCACACCGAGGCGCUGGAGCAGGCCGUGCUCGAGAUGUCCACACCAGGGCACCCAAACUACGGACUGCACAUGACACGCGACGAGGUGCGGUCCUAUACGGCUCCCUCAGGCCAGGCCACGGCGGUUGUUUCUGAGUGGCUUCGGAAACACGGCGUCGAGCCUCUGGUGGACAACGACUGGGUCUCUUUCACGACGACAGUCGGCACCGCGAACGGGCUGCUCGGCACAAAGUUCGGCUGGUACGAGUACGUAGGGGGCGGCGGCCCCAAGCUCCGGACGCUCUCGUAUGCGGUGCCUGAGGACGUGGCCGUCCAUGUCGACCUGGUGCAGCCAACGACCCGCUUCGGCCAGCUCGGCGCCAAGAAGUCGACCAUCUUUGAGAUGCGCCGCCUGGAAACCGUCGACAAGACCCCUACCGCGACGACAAAUGCCAACUUUGUCGCCCAGGCCGGCGCUGCCGUUUGCGGUUCCACAAUCACGCCGGAUUGCUUGAAGUCGUUGUACAACAUCAACUACACGGCAUCUGCUUCUGCCGACAACAAGGUGGCCUUCGCAUCCUACCUCGAGGAGUACGCAAGAUACGCAGACUUGCAGACGUUCGAAGAGCGCUACGCACCAGCCGCUAAGGGGCAGAACUUUACGGUCCAGCUAGCCAACGGAGGGCUGGACGACCAAAAGAGCUCCAGCGACAGCGGCGAGGCAAAUCUCGACAUCCAGUACAUUCUCGGCAUCAGCCACCCAAUUCCCAUCCUCGAAUACAGCACUGGUGGCCGCGGGCCCCUGGUGCCGACACGCGACCAGCCGCGCCCCCCGGGAAGCAACGAGCCGUACCUUGAGUGGCUCACGUUUGUGCUCGGGCAGCCCGACUCGGAGCUCCCGCAGACAAUCUCGACGUCGUACGGAGAGGAGGAGCAGUCGGUACCGCAAGACUACGCGGUCAAGGUGUGCAACUUGUUCAUGCAGCUGGGGGCGCGGGGCGUAUCGGUGCUGUUCUCUUCGGGCGACUCGGGGCCGGGCAACUCGUGCGUGCGCAACACCAACAACAAGACCUUCUUCGAGCCCACGUUCCCGGCGGGGUGCCCGUGGGUGACGUCGGUGGGCGCGACAACUGGCACGGCGCCGGAGCGCGCUGUGGGCUUCUCUAGCGGCGGUUUCAGCAUCUACCACGCGCAGCCGAGCUACCAGGCAGGCGCCGUCGGCGCGUACCUGCAGGGCAUCGGCUCGACGUACGCAGCCUACUUCAACAGUUCCGGGCGCGCCAUCCCCGACGUGGCUGCGCAGGGCUCCAACUUUGCCGUCAUCGACAAGGGCUUCAACGCGCUGCUGUCGGGCACCAGCGCGUCCAGCCCUGUAUUUGCCGGUGUUGUCGCCCUGCUCAACGCCGCCCGCAAGUCGCAGGGCCAACCGCCCCUCGGCUUCCUCAACCCUUGGCUGUAUAACAACACGGCGGCGUUCAACGAUGUCACCACAGGCUCCGGAGUCGGCUGCUAUGGCAGCAAGGACCUUAAGAACGGCGCGCGGUGGAAUGCCACCGUCGGCUGGGAUCCCGUCACGGGGUUGGGCACCCCCAAGUUCGACAAGCUGCUCGAGGCGGCCGCGCCGGGCGUACCGAAUGCCUAA